AUGUCCGAGAUAAAUGAAACUUCCGGAGAACAAUAUCAACAACAACAAUUAGAUCAAUUAAAACUUGAAACAUCAGAAAUGUCAUUUGAUACGAUAAAUGAAAAAUUAUGGACAGAUCAAGGACUUCAUCAAAAUAUUGUACAAAAACUUCGUUCAUGUAUUGAAAAUGAUAAAUUAACUUCAAAUGAUAUAGACAAUCGUCUUUGCGAACAAUUGCGUUCAUUUCCAAAUGAUACAACAAGUAUUGAUUCACUAUUUAGUGAAUUUAAUAAUUCCGAUUUAACUGGUGUUGUUAAUAAAAGUGCUUUUCUAUGUAAUUUAAUUAAACAAUGGAUAAUACAAAAUCCACAAGUACAAAAAACAUCGUCUAAUGAUUCAGAAAGUGUUGGUGAUAAUUCAGAAAAUAAUUCUGGUAAACAUAAACCAGGUCCUGAUGAAGCGAAACUUAAAGAAAUUCUUGAUCGAACAGGAUAUAAAAUCGAAGUAACUGCUGGUCAAAGAAAAUAUGGUGGUCCACCACCAGAUGGUCCUGAUGGACCAGCUCCAAAUAGCGAAGUUUUUAUUGGUAAACUUCCGCGUGAAAUAUUUGAAGAUGAACUCAUUCCAUUAUGUGAAGAAGCUGGAAAAAUUUGGGAUUUACGUAUAAUGAUUGAUCCAACAUCUGGUUUUAAUAAAGGUUAUUGUUUUGUUACAUAUUGUUCUCAACCAGAUUCAGUUAAAGCCUGUGAACGCCUUAAUGGUUAUGCUAUUCGUCCCGGAAAACUUCUUAAAGCAAAUGGUAGUGUUGCUAAUGUUCGUAUAUUUAUCGGUAAUAUACCAAAGACAAAAUCUAAAGAAGAAAUUCAAGAUGAAUUAACAAAAGUAGUUGAGGGUGUAACAAAUGUUAUUGUUUAUACACCGGCUGAUGAAGCUGAUAAGAAAAAAAAUCGUGGAUUUUGUUUUGUGGAUUUUGAUACACAUAAAAAUGCAUCUGCAGCAAGAAGAAAAUUAGCAAAUGGCCGUGUUCGAGUUUUUAAUCGUGAUAUUGCAGUUGAUUGGGCUGAUCCAGAUGAAGAACCUAAUGAUGAUGUAAUGUCACAAGUUAAAGUUUUAUAUGUUCGAAAUAUAACAUCAGAUGUAUCGGAAGAUGAUGUUAAAGAUUUAUUUUUACCCUAUGGAAACAUUGAACGUGUUCGAAAAGUUCGAGAUUAUGCAUUUGUUCAUUUCGAUAAACGAGAAGAUGCAUUGAAUGCUAUGCGUGCACUCAACGGAAAAAAUCUUGGUCGUAAUGCAAUGGAAAUUAGUUUAGCUAAACCAUUAAAUGAUAAACGUAAACAAGCCCAAUCAAAACGUGAACAUGGAAAACCAUUUGAUGCACCCUUUCAUUCUCGACCUGGUCCAGAUAAUAAUUUACGAGGAAGAAACUAUAAUGGACCAUCAAUGGGUGGUUUUGGAAAUAAUUCGUCACGUGGUAAUAACCCAAUGAUGAACGAUCCAUUUAAUGGUCCUGAUUUCGGAGCAUUUGGUGGAGAUCGUUCAAUGAAUAAUAGUCCCUCACGAGGAGGUUCAUCUAAUCGUGGUAAUCGUGGCGGUCGAGGUGGAUUUUCAGGUAAUCGAGGUGGUAAUUUUAAUUCUAGUAAUCGAGGAGGAAAUGGUAAUUUUAAUCAAAAUAAUCGUGGUGGUUUUAAUAAUAAUUAUCAUGGAGGUUAUGGCGGACAACCACCACAAAAUAAUAAUAUGGGCAGCUUUAAUAAUAAACCAAAUAAUUCAGUUGAUUUUGGCGCAUUUAAUGGUCCAUCACAAAAUAAUAACAAUUCUCAAUUUAACCGAAUGGGUAUUAAUAAUUAUGUUGGUAAUUCAAUGCAACAAUAUGGAAGUAUGAAACGAUCUCCUAAUCAAAUGAGUGAUAAUAAUAUGUCGAAACGACCACGUUCUAAUAAUACUGGAGGAUCAUGGGGAUCGAUGAGUGGUGAUAAUUCAAACUAUGGUUCUCAACAACAGCAACAACAGCAAAAUAAUAGUGGCAAUUGGUAUCAAGAUCAAGGUUACAAUAAUUCCCAGCAACAAUCUAAUUAUAGUUGGAAUUAA